AUGGAGACUUUUAUCCAUGAUUUCUCUGGGAGCCCUUCCAGAAAUUCUCGAAGGCCUAAGCAAAGCCCAGGCCUAAGAGGGGGUUUGGAAAUAGUUUUCAACCAGCAAUAG